GGAAUGUCAGCCGGCAUGCAGUCCGGUAUGUCAUCCGGCAUGUCCCCAAGCAUGUCUUCUGGCAUGGGAAUGUCUCCUGGAAUGUCAGGAGGCAUGACUGGCAUGCAGUCCGGUAUGUCAUCCGGCAUGUCCCCAAGCAUGUCUUCCGGCAUGGGAAUGUCUCCUGGAAUGUCAGGAGGCAUGACUGGCAUGCAGUCCGGUAUGUCAUCCGGCAUGUCCCCAAGCAUGUCUUCUGGCAUGGGAAUGUCUCAGGGUACAUCGGGUGGCAUGAACGGCAUGAACGGUAUGAACGGCAUGAACAUGCAGCCGUGCAUGUCAUCGAACAUGCCGCCAUCGAACAUGAAUAUGCCGAUGAUGGGUGGCAUGGGCAUGGCGAUGAUGCCCAAUCCGAUGAUGAUGAUGAUGGCAGGUGCUAUGGCGGCUGCAAAAAACAAGAGAUCCAAAAGUGCGUCACCAAAGCGAUCAGCCUCCCCUGUGCCGGAAACAUCGCAAGGCGACGACAAGGAGGAUGUGAAUCCUGAUUUGCUGGAUCCAGAUGUUCGAAAACUGGGCGAUCAUUUCAACAUCGAAGACCGGUGGCUGGUGCGGCUUGACGAGCUCAUGAGGAGACGGAAAGAUACCAAAGAUCAGGAUCUGGCCAAACUCUAUGAGGUUCUGGAGCAGGCACGAAGCCCCACAGGACUCCUGGUGGCCAAGCUGGGAGAGAUGGAGUGUGGUCAGUUCGUGGGCAAGGUGAAACCUGAUCGCAACAUCGAGCGCCUGGCCACGAGGUACAACUUGGACACUCGCGUGGUUUCUCGCCUCACUGAGUUGAGGGUUAGGAGAAAGAAGUCGCAGACAGAAGACUUCAAUCGACUUGAGCAGCAUCUCAGUCUUUGUAAGAGGCCUUCGGCCACUGCAACGCUUCUCAUUGGCAAAGUCCUGGAAGGGGAGCUGAAGCAAAUUCCGGAUGUGACCACAGCCAAAGCGCUGGCACAGAGGUUCAAGUUGGACAAGGAUGCGAAAUCCAAGUUAAGGGAGAUCGCAGAAAAACGGGCAGAGGAUGUGGAGGAAGUCAUGCUUCACCUGGAAAAGACUCUGGCGAUGUCGCACCAGCCAUCCGCCACUCUUUGCAAGCUGGCCAAGACCCUCAUGGAUGGUGGCAAGAAGAAGAGUGCAGAUGAGAAGUACGUCAACCAGUCAGACAGCGAUGCAGACAGUCCCGUUGAAGAGAGGCCUAAAAGUCGAAGCGCUGCUCGGAGCGAGUGCAGCACCGACAGCAGCAGCAUUCGAAGAAGACGAGCUGCUCUGGAUCGAAGAAGCAGAAGCAGGAGCAGGAAAGGAAAGGGAAAGCAGAAAGGUCAGAAAAAGAAGGAGGCGGCUCCAAAGGCCUUACCCGUUGCGGCGCCGGGCUCCGUCCAAGUUGGAGGGGGCUCAGGUGGUUGGACGGUCACGAAGUGGUAGAAUCAGUUUCACCACAGGGAACCCGCAGGGUGCAUGGAUUGCGGACCAUUGCGGACCCUGGGA